AGUUUUGUAGAUACUGAGCUAUUAUUAUAAUUUUUUUUAAGAACUUGAACGAGUAAAAAUGAUUUGCGAUUGCGCACUAGGUUGCACGAUUAUUUGCAGCGCCAGAUUGCGUUCUUUGGUAGGGAUACGAUUAAAUUAAUUUUAAAUCUUUUAGGUUAUGUAUGUGUUUAGAGCGACAGAGUAACUAUUCUCUGGUUUAGAGUGUAAAUCGCGAUGCCUCUCUUGACUUUUCAACAAAUUUUGGAAACCACAGCGGACUUUUUGAGUGUGAUAACAAUCGCCAUAUGUUUUAUAUUGAAGAUACCCCAAAUAAUAACGGUGCUAAAGUUAAAACAUGCCAGAGGUAUUAAUUUAAUUGGACUUUUAAUGGAGUUGACAAGUUAUACUAUAAUGUUGUCAUAUAACUUUCGAAAUGGUUAUGCACUUUUAACUUAUAUGGAAUACCCAAUAAUUUUAAUCCAAAAUCUUUCGCUCAUAUUAUUAGUGAUGUACUUUAAAGGCUAUUUAAAUAUCUAUGCUGUAAUUGGAGCAGGAAUAUAUUUUACGUUUGCUGCAGCUUUUAUUCUUGGCAUAGUUCCCAUGUCUGUAUUGUCUUAUUUAGUGCCAAUGUGUACACCUAUUGGAGCAUCAUCUAAGGUUGUACAACUCUUAGAAAUGGUUAGAUUAAAGAAUGCAGAUUCUGUGAGUUUGUUGACUUGGUUUAUAUCAGCAUUCACUAAUGCAAGUAAGUUUCUAACUUCAUAAUACACUUUUUUGACAUUAAAAACAUUAAGUAAUAUCCUUAAAAUAUUAUAAUUUUGCUUACAAAAUCAGAACCCAAAAGUAAAAUAUAUCUAAUUAACAAUUUAUAAAUUACCUGAAGUCAUAGCUUAACAUGACUUUGGAUGUGUCAAAUUCUGUGUUUAUCAUUAGGAUCUUAGUAAAAGAUAAGAGCUGUGAAAAAACUGAAGCUAGAGUAAUUUUGGACAACUAUUUACAAAUUUAUUUAGUGUAUGGCAUCAAGACACAACAAAAACGGAAAUCACAAUCAAAAUAUAAAAUAUAAGACAAAAUAAAAUAGUAUGAAAUAAAAUAAUAUGAAAACAAUAUACCAUUAUACAAUUGCAAUGACAAUCACAGUCACAGUAAUCUUCAGGUAGUCCAUCAUUGGUUGUCUUAGUUCAAUCUUCUAAAAUAAUAUUAUUGCUGCGAGGAGCGGCCCCUCUUGUCACCACGACCUAUAAGACCUAUUGUAUUUCUCCAAAGGUUUAGGGUAAGUGUAGGUCCUUGAUAAGCCUUAGUAUUGCUCUAAGGUUUUGUUCCUGUAUGUCGGUAGCUGUUAGGCGAACUAUUCCGAAAAUGUUGCGUCUUAGACGGUCUUUGGCGACGCAACCACACAAUAUAUGUUCAGCCAUUUUGUAAGGGCGUACGUUUCAGGAUGUUCAGAUAGUUUUCAGGAAGCCUGAGAGCGAUCUUAGGUCCCCUUUGUUGAGGCAUAAAACCUCUUUGGUUUUGUUUUGCGACGUAGUUAUCAUACUCUUCGCCUGUCUGUGAUCUAGAAGUGCUUUCUAGCGUAACGCUACCUUUGAGGCCUCCCAUUUAUUCAUUACAUCUUCUAUAAUAUGUAUCACGGUUUGAUUUUUACCCCAUUCGCAGGAGGAUGUCAAUGUCUGGUACCAUUUAUGCAGAAAGUAAACGUAUCUACCAUACCAUAUUUUCAAGUUCCGUAUUCUGUUUAGAGUUGACCAGGUUUUGUGUGGUAAAUCAAAGCUAGGAGGCUUUUGGGUAAUACAUGGGGUCUGAUUGUUCUGGUUUGUUAUGCAUUCGUGAUGCCAAGUGUUAAUCAGGCUGAAUGCUUUGCCUGUAGCAGUGGCUGCUGUUUUGAUCGGUGGCUGUAUUGGUCAGUUUGAUUGCUCAAGAUCUUGUACUCUCUUGUGAUAGCACUUAUAGGGUGCAGGUUUGGAGUGGUACAUGACUCAGUAAGGGGAGCGAUUCCAUUGAAGUAGUUUUGAUAACACCUGCGAUCAUUCUCAUCGUGUUAUUAAGUUACGCAUCGACUCUGUGGACAUGAGGACUGUUAAGCUACACUGGCGCACAGUAUUCAGGGGCUGAGAAGACGAGACUCACGGUUGUUGAGCGCAGACUGGAGGCUCCCGUUGUUGUUCUACACUCCUUUGGUGUAAUAUUGUUCCUCGUUUUUUUGUUUCUCCGCUGUUUUCACUAUAUGUUCUUUGAAUGAGAGCGUGUUAUUAACUGUAACAUCUAGGUAUUUUGGUGUAAUGUUGUGAGUAAGCCAUGAGUUCUCGAAUUAUAUUAGAAGCUUUCUGUCGACGAGUUUAUUGUUUAGAUGAAAACAUGUUACCUCAGUUCUGUUUGCGUUUGAUUGAAGACGCCAUUUCCGGAAGUAUCUUCCCAGAUUCUCUAGGUUGGCUGUCAGAAUCUAAUCUGAUUUUAUCAGAAUUUAAAUCUUUAGACCUGUUUCAGGGAUUUCUUCAUAAACCGUUUAUAAUGAUAUUAUCGCCUAUAUCCACUGCUUUACGGACGCACUCUAUAGAUUAGACUUGCAUUGAAGAGUUUUCUUGGUGAGCAUAGGACACCGUGACAACUCGGAAUGUUUUGUCAUUUAGCAUAUUAUUUAGCAGCCGAGCUCAUGAUUUACAUGGCAUAACACUGAGGAUUUUAUAGAUGAUACUCUCCAUACUGUUUCGUAGGCAGCCGAUGGAUCAAUGAAUGCAUCAGAAGUUUUGAACUUUCCUUGGAAUCCUGCUUCAAUAUAAGUUGAAAGCGAGAGGACCUGCGCAACGUUGUCUUUUAGGCAGUUUUAUUUAUAAUACUCCAUCUUUGAUAA